GACACAGGGUACCUACACUUCAUGGUGUUCCCUUACAACACCCCCCCCCGGGGGGGGUGUCGGCCGGACCCCUUUCUCUAAUUGUCUCCGUGGCCUGUAUGGAGGAACAUCUAGUUUGUUCAGGCCUAUCUCGUCACGUGACUCACCCCCUUCCACUGGCGGCUGCUGCAUCGCUGUCCUCCGGCAGCUAUUGUGAAAGUUUUUGAGUGCCCUGCUAACGGUUAUAAAAAGCUCUUGCUUCAAGGGUCGGCCGUCAAGGGGAUCCUACUUUCUGUGCUUCACCUCCCGUGGUUUGUGCACUUGCCUAACUUUGAGUGGCCGGAUCCCUUGUUCCUCACAAUGGCUUUGGUACUAAGACCUGGCGUGGGAAUCAAGGUGAAAUAGUAUUUGCUAAGUCCUUCAUUACGCUUCAUCGAGUCUUUACUAAAGGGCACGGAAGAAGUAGUGAAGACCUCUGGGCUAAGGACCCCUUUACUCCCUUAGCUUCUCAGGGCUCCUUCCCACAUUGCUUCCCAGGAAUUCUCCAUCCACGUGGCCUGCUCUCAAAGACAGAGCAUGGAGUUGGAGAGGAUCGUCAGUUCAGCCCUCUUUGCCUUCGUUCAGACACACCUCCCAGAGGCAGACCUCAGUGGCUUGGAUGAGGUCAUCUUCUCCUAUGUGCUUGGGGUCCUGGAGGACCUGGGCCCCUCAGGGCCAUCAGAGGAGAACUUUGAUAUGGAGGCUUUCAUUGAGAUGAUGGAGGCUUAUGUGCCUGGCUUUGCCCACAUCCACAGGGGUAUAAUAGAAGACAUGGUGCAGACGCUCUCGGUGCAGCUGAGCAGUGCUAGGAACAAAGAGACCCUGAGGCGACCUGAAAAGCUCAAGGAAGAGAGCAGGCCUCCUGCUGCUACUGGGAACACCCAAGAUGAGGCAGCUGCUGCUGAGGAAGAACAGCCAGGAGUAGACGUACUCUUGGAGGUGUUCCCUACCUGUUCUAUGGAGCAGGCCCAGUGGGUGCUGGCCAAAGCUCGGGGGAACCUGGAAGAAGCUGUGCAGAUGCUGAUAGAGGGCAAGGAAGAGGGGCCUCCAGGCUGGGGUGGCCCAAAUCAGGAUUUACCCAGACGCCUCAGAGGCCCCCGGAAGGAGGAGUUGAAGUCUUUCAUCCUUCAGAAGUACAUGAUGGUGGACAGGGCAGAGGACCAGAAGACUCACAGACCUAUGGCUCCCAAGGAGGCCCCCAAGAAGCUGAUCCGAUACAUUGACAACCAAGUAGUGAGCACCAAAGGAGAGCGAUUCAAAGAUGUACGGAACCCCGAAACUGAGGAGAUGAAGGCCACAUACAUCAACCUCAAGCCGGCCAGAAAGUACCGCUUCCACUGAGGCACUGGCUGGACUCUGCCAGGCAUCACAGAUCCCAGAAGGAUGCAGAAACCUUCCCGUCCACCCUACCCCUUCUCUAUGCCUUUGCUCUAGUGUUAAUUUAUUCUUGGAGCUUCCUUCAACAGCACAGUAAAGGUUGUCCAAGGAAGGUGUA